AUGAAGUACUCGUUCACCGCCGCCGUCCUUGCAGGCAUGGCCCUGUCGGUGCAGGCAGCGACCGACCCUGGAGUCGCCGUCAUCGACGCCCAGUGUCAGAAGAUCUGCGAGACAUCCGAUAACCAGUGCCGCACCAUGCCUGGCGCAAACAUUUCGACUUGCGCCUCGGAACUGGAGAGGUGCAAGUCCGGAUGCCAGGCCGCGACCAAGUCUGUGAGCAGCGCAGCGACUGUCACCACGCCUACCAAGGUCCCUGACCAGAGCACCACCCUCACUCGCACCACCCAAGCCACCACUACGGCGUCUUCCGGCGGCGACCAAUGCGUUGCCAAGUGCCAGACGACGGAGAAUGAGUGCCGGGGACGGCCUGGCGCCAACAUCUCGACCUGCGUCUCCGAGUUUGAGCAGUGCAAGGCUGCUUGCUCUCCCAGCAGCUCCACGAGCAGCAGCGCGGCCAGCAGUGCCGCUAGCUCUGCCGCCAGCUCGGCCGAACCCACGAAGACGGCCUCGGCCACCAAGACGGCUGCCCCAACGACUACGGGCUCAGCAUCUACGCCCAUUGUCACGGCGGGUAGCCAGCGUGUGUACCCUGCGCUGGGACUGCUUUUCCUCUGCGGCGUGGCCGCUUUCUUGUAA